AUGGCGCUCUCCGGGAUGCGGGGGCUGUCGGUCUUCAUCAGCGACAUCCGCAACUGCCACAACAAGGAGCAGGAGCGCCUCCGCGUCGACAAGGAGCUCGGCAACAUCCGCACCCGCUUCAAGAACGAAAAGGGAUUGUCGCAUUACGAGAAGAAAAAGUAUGUUUGGAAAAUGCUUUAUAUACAUAUGCUGGGUUACGAUGUUGAUUUUGGACAUAUGGAAACUGUUUCUUUGAUAUCCGCGCCGAAGUAUCCUGAGAAACAGAUUGUGCUGCAGGUUGGAUACAUCGUGACAUCUUGUUUACUUAACGAGAAUAACGAUUUUCUAAGGAUGGUCAUAAAUACAGUACGCAAUGACAUAAUAGGACGAAAUGAGACUUAUCAGUGCUUAGCAUUGACGAUGGUAGGUAAUAUUGGUGGGAAAGAAUUUUCUGAGUCAUUGGCCCCUGAUGUCCAGAAACUUCUUAUUUCAAGCAGCUGCCGGCCUGUAGUCAGAAAGAAGGCUGCUCUAUGCCUUCUGCGACUUUAUAGGAAGAACCCAGAUGUUGUGAAUAUCGAUGGCUGGUCUGAUCGGAUGGCACAACUUCUAGAUGAGCGUGAUCUAGGUGUGCUGACAUCUGUCAUGAGCCUUUUUGUCUCACUAGUAUCUAAUAAUGCUGAAGCAUAUUGGAAUUGCCUUCCAAAGUGUGUAAGAAUAUUGGAGAGGAUGGCAAGAAACCAAGAUAUUCCCCAAGAAUACACCUACUAUGGAAUUCCAUCUCCUUGGCUUCAGGUUAAGGCAAUGAGAGCUCUUCAGUACUUCCCUACCAUUGAAGAUCCUAGUGCAAGGCGAGCUUUGUUUGAGGUUUUACAGCGUAUUUUGAUGGGUACUGAUGUCGUUAAAAACGUCAACAAGAAUAAUGCCUCACAUGCUGUCCUCUUUGAAGCUCUUGCUCUGGUAAUGCAUCUUGAUGCUGAAAAGGAGAUGAUGUCCCAAUGCGUGGCUCUUCUCGGCAAGUUUAUUGCUGUCAGGGAGCCCAAUAUUAGGUAUCUUGGUCUGGAGAACAUGAGUAGAAUGCUGUUAGUAACAGAUGUACAGGAUAUAAUAAAAAGGCACCAGGCUCAGAUCAUUACGUCUUUGAAGGAUCCAGAUAUCAGCAUUAGAAGGCGGGCUCUUGAUUUGCUGUAUGGCAUGUGUGAUGUUACAAAUGCAAAGGAAAUUGUUGAGGAGUUGUUGCAGUAUCUUAACACAGCUGAAUUUGCAAUGCGUGAAGAGCUGGCUCUGAAGGCAGCCAUUCUUGCAGAGAAGUUUGCUCCAAAUCUUUCAUGGUAUGUUGAUGUUAUACUUCAGUUGAUAGACAAAGCGGGAGAUUUUGUAAGUGAUGAUAUAUGGUAUCGAGUGGUGCAAUUUGUCACCAACAAUGAGGAUCUUCAGGCAUAUGCUGCAGCUAAGGCGAGGGAAUACCUUGACAAGCCUGCUUUGCAUGAGACCAUGGUCAAGGUCAGUGCUUACCUUCUUGGAGAGUAUGGCCACCUUUUGGCCCAAAGACCUAGUUGUAGCCCCAAGGAGUUGUUUACCAUUAUAAAUGACAGGCUUCCAACAGUAUCGUCAAGUACUGUUGCCAUUAUUAUCUCAGCCUAUGCCAAGAUACUUAUGCACACUCAGCCUCCUGAUGCGGGACUGCAGCAACAAAUCCUGACAAUAUUUAAAAAGCAUGAAAGUUAUAUCGAUGUUGAAAUUCAGCAGAGAGCAGUUGAAUAUUUUGAACUAAGCAGAAAGGGUCCUGCUUUGGCUGAUGUAUUGGCUGAAAUGCCAAAAUUUCCUGAACGUGAGUCUGCUCUGUUGAAAAAGGCUGAAGAUGCUGAAGUUGACACAGCAGAGCAGAGUGCCAUAAAACUACGAAGUCAGCAACAAUCAUCCAGUGCUAUUGUUGUAGCUGCUCAGCCCCCUGUAAACGGACCAGCACCAGCUGCUAAUCAUCUAACUCUUGUGAAGAUGCCAAGUCAAAACAUUGCUGAAGAGAGCAAUGUCAGUCAUGAAGAAACAGCGGUAGAAGCUCCAAAAGAAAAUGGUGCUCCCGUCGAAGUUCAGAGAAAUGUCGAGAUCAUCACUGAGCCCGCUCCUGUUAGUAAAGUUGAGCCUCCUGCAUCUCGUCCUGCUUCUCAAGCAGACCUCCUUGCAGACCUUUUGGGCCCUCUUGCAAUAGAGGGUCCUCCUGCUGCUGUAGAGCAAAUUCCUGCUCAAGGAUUGGAGGCUAAUCAAAGUCCAGUAGGUGACUUGGCACUAGCUACCCUUGAGGACCAGUCCAACUCUGUUCAGCCAAUUGUCAAUGUGGAGGAGAAGUUUAAUAUAUUGUGCACGAAAGAUAGUGGAGUUCUGUAUGAGGAUCCUAACAUCCAGAUUGGUUUAAAAGCAGAGUGGCGGGCCCAUCAUGGUCGUCUUAUUCUUUUCCUGGGGAAUAAAAAUACUUCGCCCCUUUUGUCAUUGAGGGCUUUGAUUUUGCCUCCUAGCCAUUUUAAAGUGGAACUCUCGUCAGUACCUGAUACUAUUCCUCCUAGAGCACAGGUGCAAAUCCCAGUCGAGGUUACAAAUCUCCGCGCGAGUAGAGAUGUUGCUGUUCUUGAUUUCUCAUAUAAACAUGGAGCUGCACUGGUGAACGCUAAACUUCGACUUCCUAUUGUGUUGCAUAAAUUCUUGCAACCUAUAACUCUUUCCCCUGAAGAUUUUUUCGCCCAUUGGAAAACAUGGAAUGUUCAGUCACUCAAGGUUCAAGAAGUGGUUAGAGGUGUAAAACCAUUACCUAUUCCUGAGAUGGCUAGCCUUCUCUUGAGCCUUCACCUGGCAGUUACUCCUGGACUUGAUACCAACCCGAACAACAUGGUGGCGUGUGCUACAUUCUUUUCGGAAACAACCAAUGCCGCGCUUUGUCUGGUGAGAGUUGAAACAGAUCCCCAAGACAGAAGUCAGCUCCGGCUAACAGUUGCAUCAGGAGAUCAAAACCUGACAUUCGAGUUGAAGGAGUAUAUCAAGGAACAUUUGAUCGACAUCCCGAGGGCUCGAGUGGCCCCCCCUCCCACUCCACAACAACCACAGCUGCCUCCAGCAGCGGUGCCGGCGACAACAUAUAACGACCCUGGUGCCAUGCUAGCUGGGUUGCUAUGA